AUGGCAGGUCGUGCGAGCAAGCUGUAUCAGCCCUACGAUAUCAAGGGGCACACCGCGCUGAUUACGGGGGCGAGCUCGGGCAUUGGCGAGGCGACAGCGCUGCGCUUGGCCGAGGCCGGGUGCAAAGUCAUUCUGGUCGCGCGUCGAGCGGACCGCCUCGAAGCUCUCGCGAAGAGAAUGAAAGAGGAGUUCGGCAACGGGGACGUCCACUGCGUCACGAUGGACGUCCGCGACUCGGCAGCUGUGGACGCCCUGCCUACCCAGCUCCCAGCGCCCUUCGCGGACGUCGACAUCCUCGUCAACAACGCCGGCCUCGCCCUCGGCACCGCGGGGGCGCACGAGCACGACAUGGACCAGGUCCAGGUCAUGCUCGACACGAACGUGUCGGCCUUGCUGCGCUUCACGCGCGCGUUCGCCCCGCAAAUGGUCGCGCGCGACCGCGGGCACAUCGUCAACGUGUCGAGCAUCGCGGGGCACGAGGCGUACGCCGGGGGCGCGGGGUACUGCGCGUCGAAGUCUGCGGUGGACGCGUUCACGACGGCGGCGCGGCACGACCUCGUGGGGACGCGCGUGCGCGUCACGGCAGUGUCCCCCGGGGCGGUGGAGACGGAGUUCAGCGUGGUGCGGUUCGGGGGGGACAAAAGCAAGGCUGACGCGGUGUACGAGGGGAUCGAGCCGCUGACGGGGCCGGACAUCGCCGACAACAUCAUGUACAGUCUGACGCGGCCGGAGCACGUGCAGAUCGCGGACGUGAUCUGCUUCGCGACGUACCAGAGCAGCGCGAAGGGGCUCGCGCGCGUCCUGAAGAAGAACUGA